GACAUAUUAUUAUAAAAAAGACCCGAGGGUGAAUAAACGGAUUGUGUCAAAUUGUCAAUUCGCUUCGCGUCUUAUUUGUUUCGAGUUUUUGCUCUUGUAUUUUUUCGUUUCAAUUCUAAUUAAAUAUUUCACUUGGAUAUGAGAUCUGAUAGUGUGUAAUAAGUGUUUUAAAUUAUUCUAAUAUUUUUCAAAUGUUCCAAUAUUUGUCGGCAUUAUAGGUUAGAGAUAUUCGUCAUCAAAAUAACGUAUGUGUAAUGAAAAAGUUAUUUUUGGAAAGUAAUAAUUUGAAACAAACUUCAUUCAGUGCUUAAAAAGUGUGAAAUUUUGAACUUUAUAUUACGCACCUGGAAAGAAAAUGGGUCUGAUAAUAUCUAGAUUUCGCCGCAAGAAAACAACGAUAGAAGUUCUCGAUACCCUCGAAACGAAGAUCAAAAGUAUUGAACAAGAUGGUCAAUACAAGGAGCAGACACACAAGAGGGUCAUCGGUUACGUCAUGGCGUACUCCGUGGGCCUAUACGUCCUGUUCGCGGUGCUCUACUACUACAUGUACGCUGGGAGAAGCCAGCACUGGGUCCAUUCCUUGCUGUACGCUUCGCCGCUAUUGAUCCUGCCUGUUCUCGUGAUAUUCCUCCGAUCGGCGAUAUCGUGGUACUAUAAUUGGACGCUUAACAAGAAUCGUGUGAAAUUGAACAAAAUGAGAGAAGAGAAGAAGAAGAUUCUAGAAGAUGUCAUGAACACGGAGACGUAUAAGGUUGCAAAGGAGAUCUUGGAUAAAUACGGAGGACCAGAGGAGCAGUCUAAAGCAAGCAAGCCGUUUACAUCAUUCAAUGCCUCCAGUAACACGACUAGAACCCCACCAGCGACGCCAGUACAAAUACGACCGAGAUUAGCGAUACAGAACUCGACGCCCAUAACGAAUAAUAAUCUUAAUUUAGUUCCCGUCAACGCACCGACGGCUCUGUACAAGGGACCGCGGCUCAGGUCGGACCAGCUGCCGAGACCGUUGCCGGAUAGUCACCGCUCUGCUCUAGAUAAAGUGGUCGACUAUCUGCUAAAAGACGGACCGAAUCAUCGCAUGGCCCUUAUCUGUACUUCUUGUUUCUCACACAAUGGGAUGGCGAUGGCGGAGGAAUUCGAGUACGUGUCGUACGUGUGCGCGUACUGCGGGCAGCUGAACGCGGCGCGCAAGCAGCGCCCCGCCGCGCCGCUGCUGUCGCCCGCGCGCGCGCUGCCCGCGCCCCCCCGCGCCGCUCCCCGCCUCGACUCUUCGAUAGCCAGCUCAAGUGACAGCGAAGAUGAGAAAAAUAGUAAUGAUACUACGAAGGUUGGAGAAGGCGAACCGGAUCGCCCCCCCUCACCAAUGGAGGUAGAGGCGAAAUCCGAAACGGAGAAAAAAGAAGACUGAACGAAUUAUUGCAUUGUUAAUUAUUUAAUUAUAAUAAAUGUCUGCUGAUAAUUAAUAGUUACGAACAAUCGAUUUAACUCGGCUGAAAAUGUUAAUUUGUUUUUAAUAAAGCGCCGUAUGAUGUUGGUCUUAUGAAUACAGAAAAUUUAUGAAAGCAGUUAAGUAAGUAAAAUUAACUUUGCGCUAGAAUCAUUUAUAAUAUCCAAACUAAAAAAAUGUUUAGAACCUUUGUAAUUUUGUUUAAAAAAAAAAGUGAUCUCUAUAGGAAUAUCGCGUAAUAGCAAUAUUAUCUGUCCCUUUCAUACUGGAUUUGGAUGUUUCGAAUAUGACAAUUAUAUACAAGUAUAUCGCUAAACGUUUAUUAACAGGAGUUUUAACUUUUUUUUUAUAAUAAUAAUAAUAAAGGCUUACAACUCGCUUUAAAAUAUGGUGUUCAUAAUAUAAGCAAUCUGUAGUGAAAACGUAACGCAUUAAAUACUUUUUUGAGGUUCGACUACAGAUUAAAUAUAUGUCAUUUUAUGUAUCACGUUAUCAUAUUCAUUUUUUUUUUAAAGUAAAAUCAUAGUAAGGUACUACACGAGAGAUGUUUUUUUAUGAUCUAUAUAUAUUUAUGUGUUUAAAAGAUGUUUUUUGAGGGAGGGUCAAGGGAGUUUUUGUGGUAAAGGUUUUGAAGAGGUCGUUUAAUUUAUAUAACCGAUGUUCACAUGAUAUAAACUCAUUAUUUAUUUUAAAACGCAGCAAUUAUGUAUCAAAUUCAAAGUAUACUUUUAUUAAAGUCUGACAACUUAUAUAUUUUACAUGGCAAAAUUAAAUAUAGGCAAGUUUAUAAUGUUAUAGUAUAAACGGACACCGAUUAUUUUGCCUUUGACAAUGAUAUAAAUAUUUGAUGUUGCCAUUUAUAUAAAUAUUAUAUGCAAAUUUAUAAGCUGUCUGAUUUUAAAAAAAUUCUAUCGUCAUCUUAAUAAUACAUAAAAUAUUGUUAUAAAACUAUAAUAUAGGACAUAGUCAUAGUUUUUAUAAAUCUUACAAAAUAUAUACUCAUUAUUAAAGUUAAUAUAAUAGAUGUUACAGUCAAUUAUAAAAGUUAGCAAGAAAAGUUUUUAAUUGAAAUUGUUUUUUUUUUAAAUCGUUUAUACAAUCGGGUUCUCAUAUUUUUCCUCUGUAAUAUGUGAUUUGCAGACAGGCUUAUUGCAAUAACUUACAAUAUAUAUAUUUUUUAAUAUAUUGUAAGGCAUGUCUGUCUUAGGUAAUUUCUCUUCCAAAAUACGUAUUGAUUGCAUGCGUCAUAACUUAUUCCAUAGUUUGACUAAAAAUAUAAAGGUAAUUUUACACUAGUCGGAUAAAUGCUGCGUUUUAGCUACAUACUAAUUUAAUAAAAUAAUUUUAAGUUAUUAUGAAUCUUCCUAGUUGUAGAAUUAGGCUUAAUACCUACGGCUUCUUAGGCUCGAUACUUAAUUUGUUUUUUUUUUCUUCUAUAUGACAUCUCAGAAUUAAGUUCGCUUUUCUUUAGACAAAGUAAUAUAAUUCUAUGAUUUUUUUUAAAUUAUUUUUGAAGAUUCUUUCCCAAUGUUUGUAGAAAACAAAAAUCUGCAAUGCAAUAAUUCUCCGUUGUGGUAAUUGUUCUAAAUGUAAUUUUAAUGGUAAAGAAAUUAGUGUUUUUUUUUAAAUUGACACAUGAAACGUCAUAACGCGUAACGUCACUUUUCCCGCUAAUAUUUGAACGUAUUAUAUUAGUAGUUCUCGCAAUUUUUUUGCUUGUCCUUUGCUUUGCCUGCUCUAUCUCAAAUUUUUAAUUUAUAGAUCAAUGUAAUUAAUCCGAUUUACUUUGCUUAUUGUUGGAACGAAUUUACACUUUCAUAUAUUUAUAUAUGGUAUUACCAUAUGCGUUUGAUCUAAAUACUUAUAUUAUCUUAUUCAAACAGUAUUCGCUUCAUAUCGUUCAAUAUCAACGUUAAAAUUUUAUUUAAACAAAAUAUUAAUAUAUUUUUUUAAUUAAAUAUUUUUCGUUGUGAAAAUAAUUGAGCUCAGUUAUGUCAAAGCCGCAAAAAAUAUAUAAGACUUAUGUAUUCAAUAAACUAAUACUCUCAGUGAAAACUGUGAAGCUAAAGGCUAUAUCCUUGUACUUAUUGUUGGCGGUGCAUUUGUCUAUUUGCGGUGGUGACCACUUAUCGUCAGUUGGUCCAUUUGCUCUUUGGCAUAGUUGAAUUCAAUUAAUCAGUACGAACAUAAUAUGUCAGUGUAAAUUCAAUAUAGACAAUUUAAAGUAAUAUUUGCAUGUAACUGAAAUUUUUGUUCCUAUUAAAAUUUAAUUGUUAUUACAGUAAGUAUUUUUUUAAACAUGGUACAAUUUUCACCAUUUUCAAUUUUUAGUCAUGAUAUUUUCCAUUAAAUGCAAUUCCGUUCCGUUCUAUAACAAUGUAUUAUUAUGUUUUUGAUAAAGCUACUAAUAUUUAAAUAACAUUGUUUACUUCAAAACCUUUUCUAGUCAAUUGGAUAAAAAGGCAUUUCAUACAAUCUUUUUAAAGGAUUAUAAAUUUAUAUGUAGUCCAGACAUUCCUUAUAUGAAUUGUUUUAAACAAAAUAAACAUAGAAUUGGUUACUUAUUGCUUUUCAUCACAUUAUCGUUAAGGUCAUUAUUGUUUACGUUUUUUUUUUGUCUUAAAGUUAUGUUAGGAUUUUAUUUGUUUUUUUAGUAUUCAAAGAUCUAGCCGCAGCUUCAUCUUUUAAUCACUCAUACUAAUAGCAUUUUUUUAAAAUCUUUUUGAUGUAUUCUUAAUGUCUAUAGAUGAUAGAUUAUGUUGCAAUAUAGCUACAUCGCAUAUAUUUAUUGUGCACUGAAUCAUUUUAAAUAUUGUUAAAAAUAAUCAAAAUAAUUUAGCAUUUGACUAAUAUUUAAAACAUUUUAAUUUACAUAUACGAUUUGCUGACAAUUGCUGUUUAAGAUCAACAAAAUGCAAUGACUGGUGACAAGUAAUGUUAUUUUGUUGAUGACCAGACAUUAAAAUAUAUUAAUAUAACGAUGCAAAUUCUCUGUUAAUUAUUGAAAAAGAUUUAACAACUGCAUUGAGCCGGCUUUGGAUUGUUUGAUACAUUUGAUUUACAGACUUUAGAGGAAUAUUAUAUGUUUAGACUUUAUAGCAUCAAUUGCGAUCAGUUUGUUUUGUCGCCAUAUUAUAGUCCUUCGCUUAAGCAUUUUUUUUUAAUAUGAAAAGUUGACAUAUGAAAUGUCUAUGUAUAGCGAAACGUCACUUUUCCCGCUCUUUUUUAAAUGUAUAAUUUAAGCAAUUCACUCUAAAUGUUUCUGUGUCUCAUUAAAAUUGAACAUGGUACCUAUCGGCCCUUUAACUGCGUUAUAAGCUUUCUUUAAACUUUUUGCGUACCACGCUAGUUACAAUAAAAUAUACAUAUUUUUAUUUGAUUAAAUUGGACUUCUGCUAUACUGCAACCUACAAAAAAAAAAAAAAAAACAAAUGUAUACAUUUUUCAACUUGUUAAAUUAUUAUCACACUUUCACUCAAUUUUUUCAUUAUUUAACAAUUUUUACAUUAUAAUAAUCUCAUAUAAAAAUCAGAUGAUAACACGUUUUGUACGAUGUUAACAUACACAUUAUUUAUCGAACGAUAAGUGAUAAUUAUAUAAGAGUUGAAGAGUAUAUCGCUGUGAAUGGCAGAAUUAAUUAAAAUUGUUGAAUUGUUUGGACAUGGGCAGUUAGGGGCCUUGAAAACGACGUUGUUUAAAUUUGUCCACGAAUGAUGAAUGACACUUAACUUUUUUUAUGAUUCCAAUUACUGCAUAUUAUUAAGAUGUAAAGACAAUAAUAUUCAUGAAAGAGGUUACAUGAAACUGCAUUUUUUAAAUUGACAAACUUUACUCCAAGGUUUUACAGUCACAGAUAAAGAAUAUGUUUUUUAAAUCCUCACUUGUGAUCAAGGUGAAGUCGAAUAAUUAGCGUUGUUAAAUUUGUUAUUUAUUGCUUGUAUCGUUGAUUAGCCGUUUUAUAAUGGAACUAAUAUAUUGUAAGAAACUA